UAAACUUCUGAAACUUAAAAUUAGGGGAUUAAUUGCAAUUUCCCCAACAAAAAUUACACCCAAUUUCUUUCUUCGUCAGCAAAACCAAUUUCCACCACCACGAGGAAGACGAUGAGCCACCGCCCAUGGCGGCGCCUGGUCGAGUAGGAGUAUUCCUUACGCAAACAACAUCUUCUCAUGCAAUCACGACUCGACCGCGAAUCGCGAGGGAGGAAAAUCGUGGCUGUUAUUUCUUUUCGCCGCCUCCUCCCUAUAGAACUUGACACCGUGAAACCACGCGGCUGGGGAGGUGGGGGUUGACAUGAUGAACGUUGGUUAUGGUGGAUUGGCGGUGCGUGGUUGGCCGGAUUGCCCUAAUUUACAUUUCAGAGAAACCCUAUUCCCCCAAAUUGAAAAUCACGAUUUCACCCAAAAUGUUUGUUUCGAGGGGAAAAUAGGAGAAGCGCCUGUAUAUUUUCCGGAGGUUCUGUUGGGUGCAAACAUUGCAGGGUGAGUGGAAAUCCAGACCUGUGUAUAUCCGGUUCAAUUUGCCCUACAAAACCCGAUUCAUCUGGAAAUUCUUUCAUUCAUCAAUUGGAAGAUGAGGAACAACGUACUCGGAAACACAAAAUGAAGAAUUUAUAUAAAUCAUCAACAGCUGAUGAAAAAUUUCGUCUCCACAAGAUCAUUCAGCUUUGGAAUGGGAACUUUCCUGUUUUCCUAUCUUGUUUUAUCUCUCUUCAUUUUAUCGAUAUCAGCCGAAGAUAUUUUUUUUCUGAGCAUUGAUUGUGGAUCUUCGGAUUCUUACAAAGACGAAAACUCGAUAGCAUGGACAGGGGAUGACAACUACGUAAAGACUGGCAAAUCACACUCCGUUCAAUCCGCUAAAUACUCGGUAUCCCGUGUAAUGGACACAAUGCGUGUGUUCACCUUUCCUAGCAAGAACUGUUACCACAUAGACUCGGUGAAACAGGGGCAGCGUGUCCUUGUCCGGGCCAGCUUUUUGUACGGUAACUAUGACAAUAAGUCUUCACCUCCUAUUUUUAGUCUUUAUAUCGAUGGGGCCUACUGGGAGACAGUUAGGACUUCGAUGUGGGAGGUUGUUUAUCACGAGGUGGUUUAUGUUUUGAAGAAGGAUUCCAUUAGCGUAUGCCUUUGGACAUAUCCAGGCACGAAUGACCCGUUCAUUUCUGCGCUUGAAGUGCGUGGUUUGGCCUUGUAUAGGUACGUGUACCGAAAUGACGACGAAGAUUAUCCCUUGUUCUUGUGGAAAAGAUUUGCCUUUGGAUCAAAUCAAACUGUCAGGUACCCGUCAGAUCCUUAUGACAGAAUAUGGACUGACCGUGACGUCAACUAUGAAUCGCUGAUCCCAGUUUCAAAUAAUAAUGCCACUCUCACUUAUUACGUAGGAUAUGGUGACGGUCCCCCACCGGCAGUGCUAAAGCAUGCUGUUACGUGUGCAGCUCCACCAAAUUACAUGGCAAUCUCCAUCGGAGAAUCAUUCCCCUUUAAUCGCCCAGCCUACUACAUUGCCUACUUCUCCGAGGUUACUCAGCUUAAACCAAAUCAAAACCGUUCCUUCAGAAUUCAAAUUGACAACGGCCGAUAUUCCCAGCCAAUUCUUCCACCUUAUGGGGCCUAUAAGGAACAAUUCGGUUAUAACAUCACAUUUUCAGAGAAGUCUAAAAUAUAUAUCUCACCGACUGGUGACUCUACUCUCCCCCCACUAAUCAACGCCUUGGAAAUAUUCUCUGUUGGGAAGGCGCUAAUCAACGGUACCGACGAUAAAGAUGUGGAAGGCUUGGCUUCUCUGCAAAAAGCAUUUCCUGUUUUACAACAAUGGACUGGUGAUCCUUGUCUUCCUGACCUGCAUACAUGGGAAUGGGUCUAUUGUGAUUACUACAAUUAUAAACCACGUCCACGAGUUAUUGAACUACAUCUUGGUGGCUACGGCCUCUCAGGAGUAAUUCCAGACUUUAGUUCGAUGGAUGUUCUUUAUGGAGUAGACCUCAGCCACAACAGCUUGAAAGGGCCUGUUCCUGAUUUCUUUACCAGAUUACGGAAACUCAGAACAUUGGACGUCUCAUAUAACCAGUUAAAUGGUUCUGUACCAGCUUCACUUGCAUACAUAAUAGAUGAGAGGGGGAAUCCUGACCUGUGCAUAGAAGGUAUAUCCUGCCGGGCAUCUUGUAGCUGCAGAAAGAUGAAUAAGAAGACCGUGACAGUGUUUUUUGGCUCCAUAAUCCCAAUCAUCAUAACAUACAUUUGGUUCUAGUUUGAGAAUCUUGAUUUUGAUCGAUUGAAUUGGUUAGAGUUAUAUUAUUCGAUAAUGUAUUGUAAUCAGUAUGUGAUUGAUGAUCCCAUGUUUGAGGUUUGUGAUUAUACAAAUUGUUUGAAUUGUGUAAUAUAUAUGCGUGAUGCUUUAUUUAGAAAUAAAAAUUACAUUUGAAUU